UAAAGAAAGCAGGUCAGGCCUGUGUGCUCAGCAAUGAGGACUAUGUGGUGGCCCUGCCUUGUCUUGGCUCUGCUCUCUGGCUUGGAGACCUCUGGCUUUCCGAGAAGUCCCCUCCGGCUGCUUGGGAAACGGAGCCUUCCAGAAGGGGUGGUAGAUGGCAUUGAGGUUUACAGCACCAAGAUCAGCUGCAAGGUGACCUCCCGCUUUGCUCACAAUGUUGUCACCACAAGGGCUGUCAACCGCGCAGACACGGCCAAGGAGGUGUCCUUUGAUGUGGAACUGCCCAAGACAGCCUUCAUCACCAACUUCACCUUGACCAUUGAUGGUGUCACCUACCCUGGGAACGUCAAGGAGAAGGAAGUUGCCCAGAAACAAUAUGAAAAGGCUGUGUCCCAGGGCAAGACAGCCGGUUUGGUCAAGGCCUCUGGGAGGAAACUGGAGAAGUUCACAGUGUCUGUCAAUGUGGCUGCAGGCAGCAAAGUCACCUUCGAGCUAACCUAUGAAGAACUGCUCAAGAGAAACAAGGGCAAGUACGAGAUGUACCUUAAGGUCCAGCCCAAACAACUGGUCAGACACUUUGAGAUUGAUGCACACAUCUUCGAGCCACAGGGCAUCAGCAUGCUGGAUGCUGAAGCCUCAUUCAUCACUAAUGACCUCCUGGGAAGCGCCCUCACCAAGUCCUUCUCAGGGAAAAAGGGGCACGUGUCUUUCAAGCCCAGCUUAGACCAGCAGCGUUCAUGCCCGACCUGUACAGACUCCCUCCUCAACGGUGACUUCACCAUCGUCUAUGAUGUGAACAGAGAGUCUCCAGGGAAUGUGCAGAUAGUCAAUGGCUACUUUGUGCACUUCUUUGCGCCCCAAGGCCUUCCAGUGGUGCCUAAGAACGUAGUCUUUGUGAUUGACGUCAGCGGCUCCAUGUCUGGUCGGAAAAUCCAGCAGACCAGGGAAGCCCUUCUUAAAAUCCUGGAUGACAUGAAAGAGGACGACUAUCUGAAUUUCAUUCUCUUCAGCACCGAUGUGACCACCUGGAAAGAUCACCUAGUUCAAGCCACCCCUGCAAACCUUGAGGAGGCCAGGACAUUUGUGAAGAACAUCGAAGAUCAAAGCAUGACCAACAUCAAUGAUGGGCUGCUGAGGGGUAUUGAAAUGCUGAACAAGGCCCGAGAGGACCACGCUGUGCCAGAGAGGAGCACCUCUAUCAUCAUCAUGUUGACAGAUGGGGAUGCCAAUACUGGCGAGAGCAGACCUGAAAAGAUCCAGGAAAAUGUCCGGAAUGCCAUCGGGGGCAAGUUCCCUUUAUAUAACCUGGGCUUUGGCAACAAUCUGAAUUAUAAUUUCCUGGAGACUCUGGCCCUGGAGAACCAUGGGCUUGCCCGGCGCAUUUAUGAAGAUUCUGAUGCCAACUUGCAGCUGCAGGGCUUCUAUGAAGAGGUAGCUAAUCCACUACUGACCAAUGUGGAGGUGGAAUACCCCGAGAAUGCCAUCCUAGACCUCACCAGGAACAGUUACCCCCACUUCUACGAUGGCUCUGAGAUUGUUGUAGCAGGGCGCCUGGUGGACAGGAACAUGGACAACUUCAAGGCAGAUGUGAAGGGCCAUGGGGCCUUGAAUGACCUAACUUUCACAGAGGAGGUAGACAUGAAGGAAAUGGACGCAGCCCUGAAGGAGCAAGGCUACAUUUUUGGGGACUACAUUGAGCGACUCUGGGCCUACCUCACUAUCGAGCAGCUACUGGAGAAACGCAAGAAUGCCCAUGGGGAUGAGAAGGAGAACAUCACAGCCGAGGCCCUGGAUCUGUCCCUCAAGUACCACUUUGUAACCCCACUGACCUCCAUGGUGGUGACCAAGCCUGAGGACAAUGAGGACCAGACAUCCAUUGCUGACAAGCCUGGGGAAGAAGCCAUCGCUGAGGCCUCCACCAUGUCCUUCUUGACCAGUCAACCGUCCCGUCUGACCCCCUACUAUUAUGUGGAUGGGGACCCCCACUUCAUCAUCCAAGUCCCGGGGAAGAACGACAGCAUCUGCUUCAACAUCGACGAGAAGCCUGGCACCGUGCUGCGCCUGAUUGAGGACCCAGUCACAGGUAUCACUGUGACCGGACAGAUCAUCGGAGAUAAGCGAAGUAACGCGUCUUCUGGGACAGGGAAAACGUAUUUUGGCAAACUGGGCAUUACUAAUGCUUGGAUGGACUUCCGGGUUGAGGUGACCACGGAGAAGAUCAUCCUAGGGACUGGGGCCGCCCUGAGCAAGUUCAGUUGGCUAGACACCAUCACGGUCACACAGACUGGGCUGUCUGUAACAAUCAACAGGAAAAAAAAUAUGGUGGUGUCCUUUGGAGAUGGGAUUAGCUUUGUGAUCGUCUUACACCAGGUUUGGAAGAAACAUCCAGUUCACCAGGACUUCCUAGGGUUCUACGUGGUGGACAGUCACCGGAUGUCAGUACAGACACAUGGGCUGCUGGGCCAGUUCUUCCAACCCUUUGACUUUGAAGUGUUUGGCAUCCGCCCAGGCUCUGACCCUAUGAAACCAGAUGCCACAAUGGUGGUGAAGAAUCAUCGGUUGACUGUCACAAGGGGCUCCCAGAAAGAUUACAGGAAGGAUGCCAGUGUUGGCACCAAGGUCAUCUGCUGGUUUGUCCAUAACAACGGAGAAGGGCUAAUUGAUGGUGUCCAUACCGACUAUAUUGUCCCCAGCUUGUUCUGAGUAACAUGCCAGCUGCUGCUGAAGUAGAAGGCCUGGGUUGCCUGGAAAAGGGGCACAGAAUGGGGCUUGUGGGAAGGACCGGGACAAUAAAGCCCACCAUGUAAACCAGAA